ACAAUUCAACCCUCUAACCAACUUGCACAUUUCAUUUCAUUUCAACAAAAGCCACACCUACAUCACAAUUUAUUAUAUUCCCUUUUCUUCACUUCAUAUAUUACAUUACAAUUUCUUUUUCGAAAAAAACAACAACUACUCUAUGGAAGUAAUUGGAGAUUUUCUUCGUAGUUUCUCUCUCAUUAAUCACAAAUUAUACAAACACCUUUUUCUAUUACUAUUAUCACUAUUCUUCUUGCAUUAUUCUUCUACUUCAUCUUUUUUUCCUCCUUAAUCAAAACUAUUUAUUAUUUUUGUUUUUCCCAUUCCCCAAAAUCUAACCAACCACACAUCUUAAUCACUCUCACAGAAAGUUAGAGAGAGAGAGAGGGUAAUAGUUAGGGUUGCUCAAGCUCAAAUUUUAGAGAGAGAAACUCCAAAUUCACACUUCAAGCUAUGAUUUUUAUCAACAAUUCAGAAUACCCAUCUUCAUUUUUCAACUUCUUCUUGUGAUUUUCGUUACUGGGUUGCUUCUAGUCUGGAUUUUCGUUACUGGGUUCAAUUUCUUAGGGUUUAGGGUUUAUCACUUUAUCUUCACCAAUGGAAGCUUGUUCAGAAGGACAUGAGAACAAGAACAAACCAUUGGAGGAAGAGAACAGAGUGAAGCGCAAAAAGAAGACUCCUUCACAGUUGGAGAUUCUUGAAAAAACUUAUGCUAUGGAGACUUACCCUUCUGAGGCAACGAGGGGUGAGUUAGCUGUGAAGUUGGGUUUGUCUGAUCGUCAAUUGCAGAUGUGGUUCUGUCACCGGAGACAGAAGGAUCGAAAGGCUGUGGCACCGGCUGGGCCGAGUUCGGUUCCAAUGAGGGAUGGUGUUGUGAAGAUAGAAGUUACUGAUGUUAGGAAUGUUUCUGAUUUCGUUUCUGACUUGCGGCCAAUUGGUGGUAUGGACUUGCUGGGAGUUGUGCCGCUGCAUGAGGUGAUGGGCUUUCGUAGGAUGGGAGCUGCAUUGUCUGAAAUGGAUAGCAGUAGUUCUCAUGAACCCCAUCAGACGUUACAUGAGUUGCAAGCUAUUGCAUUCGUGGAAAGUCAGUUGGGGGAGUCGUUAAGAGAUGAUGGACCUAUUCUUGGGAUGGAAUUUGAUUCUGUGCCGCUGGGUGCAUUUGGUGCACCAUUAGAGGCAGUGGCAGUGGGGCAAUGCAGACAACCUGAAUUGUCUGUCGAGGCAAAAGUUUAUGAAAGUCUGGAUAAGGGCGUUUCAAAGAUUCUCCAUGAAUAUCAAUUUAUUCCAGAGCAGCCAACUGUUAAAAAUGAGAUAUCCGAGAGAGUUACUACAGCUAUCCACUUUAGCUCUCUUGGUGGUGUUCCACAUUCUAGGACUUCAUUAUCUAGUGGGGCAUAUUUCCUUAAUGGGAACGAAUCUGCACAUAAUGUGUAUGGAGUCCAAGGUCAGAAGAUACCUGAUCUAAAUCUUUUGUCUCAGUCUCACCAAGGUAGGUCGAAUCAUCUUAUGCCUUCUGCUUCAGGAGGAAAUGAUGAUGUUCCAAGAAUGAACCCAUUUGUCGAUGUAACUCUUGAGACUCAAAUGAGGGCUCACCAAGUAACCCCUAAGGACGGCGGUCUAGUGCCAUUUGAUAGUAGGGUUAUUCAUGAGGAGGAGUUUUCAAGGUUUCAAAGGAAGCGAAAGAAUGAAGAGGCUAGAAUGCAACGAGAACUCGAAGUGCAAGAGAAAAGAAUUAGAAAAGAGCUUGUAAAACAGGAAAUUCUAAGGCAAAAGAGAGAGGAACAGAUAAAAAAAGAGAUGGAGAGGCAUGAUCGUGAAAGGCAGAAGGAAGAGGAAAGGUUAUUGCGUGAAAGACAGCGAGAGGAGGAGAGAUUCCUUAGAGAACAGAGGCGUGAGCAGGAGCAGCGAGAGAAGUUUUUGCAGAAGGAGUCAAUCAGAAUUGAGAAGCUGAGACAGAAGGAGGAACUACAGAGGGUGAAAGAGGCAGCUAGGAUUAAAGCUGCCAGCGAGAGAGCUGUUGCCCGCAGAAUGGUCAAAGAUGCAAUGGACCUUAUUGAAGAUGAACGUCUGGAACUCAUGGAAUUAGCUGCAUCAAAGAAGGGGUUAUCUUCAAUACUGGCUCUUGACUACGAAACUAUGCAAAAUCUGGAAUCAUACCGAGAUGGGCAGACUUCCUUUCCACCCAAGUCUGUACAGUUAAAAAGAGCUUUUUCAAUUCAACCUUGGUCAGAUUCUGACGAGAAUGUUGGAAAUCUUCUGAUGGUUUGGAGGUUCUUGAUUACCUUUGCUGAUAUUCUUGGAAUAUGGCCAUUUACGUUGGAUGAGCUUAUACAAGCUUUUCACGACUAUGAUCCUAGAAUAUUAGGUGAGAUCCAUAUUGCUCUUCUGAGAUCCAUUAUAAAAGAUAUUGAAGAUGUUGCAAGAACACCCACUACUGGAUUAGGAGGGAACCAAAACAGUUAUACGAACUCUGGUGGCGGGCAUCCUCAAGUAGUUGAAGGGGCGUAUGUAUGGGGUUUUGAUAUAAGAAAUUGGCAGCGGCAUUUAAAUCCAUUAACAUGGCCGGAGAUUUUGCGACAAUUUGCAUUGUCAGCUGGAUUUGGGCCUCAGUUGAAGAAACAUAAUAUUGAGCAGGUGCAUCCUAGCAACAAUGAGGUUAAUGAUGGUAAAGAUAUAAUUUCUAAUCUACGCAGUGGAGCUGCUGUUGAGAAUGCUGUUGCUAUUAUGCAAGAGAAGGGAUUAUCUAAUCCAAGAAGGCAUAAGCAUCGUUUGACGCCUGGAACUGUGAAAUAUGCUGCAUUUUAUGUCCUAGCUCUGGAAGGAAAUAGAGGCCUCAAUAUAUUGGAAAUUGCAGACAAGAUUCAGAAAUCUGGACUUCGUGAUCUUACAACAAGCAAAUCACCAGAGGCUGCUAUUGCUUCUGCUUUGUCUAGAGAUACAGAACUAUUUGAAAGGACAGCUCCUUCAACAUAUUGUGUACGUCCUGUAUAUAGAAAGGACCCAGCCGAUUCUGAAGCAAUUUUUUCAGCUGCCAGGGAAAGAAUCAGGAUAUUCACAAGUGGAUUUGUGGGUGCAGAAGUAGCUGAUGAUGGUGAAAGGGAUGAAGAUUGUGAAAGUGUUAUGGCAAAAGAUCCGGAGAUUGAUGAUUUAGGAGCUCAAACAAAUACAAAAAAGGAGGUCUCAAAUUUUAAGGAAUUUAAUGCAAACACUGUCAUGAGAAGUGGGAAGGACAAUGGUGAGAUUUUGCAAACUCGUGAUAGUUGCCGUGAAAAAGUGGAUGAGGGUUUAGGAUUAAUUGUUGUUGAAAGCUUUGACGGACGUAAAGAUGUUCGUACGUCUAGUGAAAUUGCUGUUUGCAGCAACGACAUUGCUAAUCCUAUUCUAAAAAGUAUGGAUGUUGAUGAAAACACUCUUGGUGAACCAUGGGUGCAAGGGCUUACCGAGGGAGAGUACUCGGAUCUUAGUGUGGAGGAGCGUCUUCACGCUCUUGUUGCUUUGAUAACUGUGACAAACGAAGGAAAUUCUAUCCGUGUUGCGCUUGAGGAACGUUUAGAAGCGGCAAAUGCUUUAAAGAAACAGAUGUUGGCUGAGGCACAGCUUGAUAAACGCCAUAUUAAAGAGGAUAGUUUUGUUAAAAUGCAGUCUUUCUCAUAUUUGGGAAACAAGAAUGAACCAGCUGUUACAUUUCCAUCAUUGGGGGGAAAGCAGUGCCCAUCGCAUACAGUUGAUGUCAAAAAUGAUAAGGCUUUACUCACUCCCUGUGGCCAGCGUGAACAGAUAGCACUACAGGAAAAUCAAAAUCCUUCGCAGAAUUCCUUAUUAGAAGUGAACAUGCAAAGUCAAGAUUGUUCUACUGGCCCAGAUAAUUAUUCAAUCCAACAAUCUAUAUAUGCUGCCGAAAAAGCAAGGUCAAAUUUAAAAUCAUAUAUUGAUCACUUGGCGGAACAAACUUACAUGUAUAGAUCAUUGCCUCUUGGUUUGGAUCGAAGACGAAACCGAUACUGGCAAUUUGUUACUUCUGCUUCUCAAAAUGAUCCAGGUGCUGGUAGGAUUUUUGUGGAAUUACAUGACGGCUGUUGGAAGCUGAUUGAUUCUGUAGAGGGUUUUGAUGCUCUUUUGGUAUCAUUGGACUUGCGGGGGAUCCGAGAGUCUCACUUACAUAUGAUGUUGCAAAGAAUUGAGACGUCCUUCAAAGAAUCUGUUAGAAGAAAUGUCCAAAAUGGUGAGAUGAUAAUGCAAAAAGGAGACACUGUCAAGAAUCUCAAGAAAGAAGCAGUUAAAAUGGCUGCAGACCUAGAUUGCAGUGCUGAUAUUAACUGUCCUACUUCUGUCUGCAUUGAUGAUUUGGACACAUCAGUGGCGUCAACAUCUUUUACAAUUCAGCUUGGACGAAAUGAAAUCGAGAACAAAGAUGCUUAUAUGAAAUAUUGGGACUUUGAGAAAUGGAUGCGAAAGGAAUGUCUAAAUUGCUCAGUAUCAUCUGCAAUGAAGUAUGGGAAGAAGAGGUGUAAGCAACUACUUCUCAUAUGUGAUUUGUGCGGUCAUGUCUAUUUCUUUAGAGAAGUGCAAUGUCCUUUGUGCCAUAGAAUUUUCAGUACUAGUCAGGGGAACUCUAGUUCUUAUGAACAUAUUGCUCAAUCUGAAGGCAAGAUGAAUAUUGACGCAGAUUUUUUUCACGAUUCAUCCUCUUCUUCAACGAGGAUGAGAUUACUCAAAAUCCUUUUGUCAGUAGUUGAGGUAACCCUUCCCCAAGAAGCUCUGCAACCUUUUUGGACAGAGAGGUACAGAAAGUCUUGGAGUUCAAAUCUGGAAGCUUCCUCAUCAACGGAAGACAUUCUUCAGAUGUUGACUGCAUUGGAAGGUGCUAUAAAACGGGAGUAUCUGGCUUCAGACUAUGAAACUACGAAUGAGCUGUUAGAUUCUGUUUGCUCUUCUGGAUGUCUCCCUAAUGAUAUCAUAGGUGGUGAAAAGAUACCUGUUCUUCCAUGGGUGCCAUUUACAACUGCUGCUGUGGCUCUAAGGCUCAUGGACCUCGAUGCAUGCAUCUUUUACACCUCACAGCAGAAGCAAGAGACCAAGAAGGAUAGUAAAACUGGAAUUGUUGUCAAGCUUCCAUUAAAAUGUGCUGCUGCCAAAAAUUCCUGCGAUGGUGGUGCGAUUGAAACUUCAUUUCAGACUAAGCAUACCGUAAAGAACUGGGGUGCUCUUGGUGCUGGCCUUGAGAGCUACAACAAAGGACAAAGGACUCGACAAGGCUGCAGCCAUUCUCGUGGUCAAAGAUCACAAGGAAUAGUUACUAGUUCGAGAUCCAAUUCCAAAAAGAGGAGCACUACAUCUAACAGCAGGAAAGAAGGAAGAUUACUUGGAUGGAAAGGCACACCAAACGGACAAGGACACACUCGUGGUCGGAGGAGUAUCAGAAGCAGGAAGAAACCUGCAGCCAAGAUGGAUGUGAUCACUAGUGAAAGGGGUACCCCAAAAGAUAUCACGGAGUUAACAGCAAUCUCUGCGAGAGAAGAGAUUGAUGGUGGAACAGAAGCCAAUGCUCUAAAUGCUAGAAAUUCGGAGAGAUCUGAAUAUGAAGAUGAUGUUUGUCAGGCAACAAGAGAUAAGUAUGAUUUUGUGGUGGAUAAUAAUAAUAAUAAUGGUAGAUAUCAAGGUGGAUUCAGUGGGAACCCUGAUAACUUAAUAGAACAGAACCACUAUAAUGUGGAUGAUGAGGAAGACGUGGAUAUGGAUGACAGUGUCAAUAAUGAUGGAAAAUAUGGGCAAGUUGAACUUAAUGUGGAAGAUUAUAUAAUUGGAGGAGACUCAGAUGAAGAGUACAACAAAGAAGAAAAUGAGGAUCCGGAUAGAGUUGGUUCAACCUCAUCAGGUUACAGUGAUUAAAUGUAGCAUAGAGAAUAUAUGUAGUAAAAGUAGCCCCAUAAAGUUAUUUUUUGAUAUUGUGUUUAGUAAUGCAGGAAUAGGCCAAUAUCAAGUGCUUGGGAUAGAAUAUGUAUUAGCAAAAAAAAAUGAAUAUAUAUUAUUAUGUAUGCUGCUGAUACUGAAAAGAAAUGUUGAUUUUUGCCGUUAUCAAAUAUAGCAACCGUGGGAGAAAAUUUAUGUGCCCAACGGUUAUGUGUAGUUUCAAGUACCA